UGUCAUGUCGUAUUGAUAUGACAUAAUCAAUUUUAUUUUAUAUACUUUUACACGUUUAUAGAUUUUUUUUAUUUAUAAUUUUUUUAUUGAUAGAAAAAUGGGUUGCACUUGCUCCGAACCUUGCUUUGCUAUAGGAACUGUGACCUAUAUACUAGAAAGGAUAGCUUCGUGUUGCGCCAUGACAGCUGUGAUAUCGUGUAUCGUCACCACGCUCACGAUUAUGCUCGGCGUGGGCAUCGGGCUUGGUUACAACUACUGCUUCGUUGAUAUGAAGCUAGCUAGUUAUCCCACAACAACAUUUCUUCCACUCAGAAGGAUGAUGGACGACGAUAACCCAUUUGAUGGACCGAUUCAACCUGAACAAGAUCUGUACAAAUUGCGUCAUAGAACACCCAAACAACCAGUAAAACCAACUAUGAUAAUACCUCUUAACAAGGGUGAAGAUAUUCCACUGCUAUUGGCAAAACUACGAGGAUACAAGAAAAACGUCACACUUGAAUUAGUAGCGUGAACCGUCAACAGAAUUUUGGAACUGUAAUCAUUUCUAAUCAGAAAUAUAGUGUUUAAGUUGGUGGACAUA